AGAUGAGACAGGGACUCGGGAUUGUGCUGAUGCUGCCGCUGCUGCUGCUGCUAGGAUCCUGUGCGGCGGAGAUCAAUCAGAGGGCCGGCGCGCAAUCGAUUGAGCAAGGGCCCCCCGACGCCGCUGGGCCCACCUACAAAUCGCCGAUGGACAAUUGGAGGAAGGACUGCAGCAAGUCCUAUAGUUCUACGUGUCUGAAGCUCGACGUUGUUUCGUUCGUUGAUCGGCUCUCGGAGCAGGAUGAUAUCGGAAUCCUUCCCGGCGUCUCGGUUGUGAAGCAGAACAGCUCAGUGACUGUACCGACGUCCGACGUCGUAGCGAAUCUCGCUCGAGACUUUCCUAACGACGUCGAUAAGCGCAUGGACGCCUACCUGAUGCACAAAAUUGGAACGUAUCUAAACAGCCAUGCAAUCUCCAUCAAGCUCUUCGAUCCGCGCACCUUCGAGGCCGCCAGGAGCUUCAAUGAGGCGGCUCUCGAGCAACUGGGACUUGCCGGCGAGCAGCACAAAAGCGUCGAAUCUGCUCGAAAAAAGGACAAGGGUGGAAUGGGUGGCCUCAUGGCAGGGCUCAUGAUGAUGAAGGGCACCCUCGGAGCCCUAGGUUUCGGCGCCCUGGCAAUGCUCGCUGGUAAAGCUCUGAUGACGGGCUUAAUGGCUCUGAUGUUGUCAGCUAUAGUGGGCCUGAAGUCCUUGGCCAGCGGCGGUGAGAAAAAGACGACCUACGAGAUCGUGAGCAAGCCCGUCUACACGAGCUCCCAUAGCCACAGCUCGGAGGAACAUCACGGCGGGCAUUACGGGGGCUACAGCAGAUCGCUAGACGCAGCCGCGGAAACGGUGCACGAGGCCCUCAAGAAGUACGGAAACGUUCGCGACAGACGGACAAUCCAGGCGCUGUAGAACGUAUAUAGCUAAAUGCCGUUUUCGUGUCGGGAGAGCUUUUCGUAGUUGGCAUUGCCAUUCUCGCGUCGCCAGCCGCUUCUGCUUGUUUCCUGUCUUUAUUCUCGCUUUCUUUGUUUUCUGAUUUCAACGAGAGCGUGUAAAUAGGCGAUUCUUACUCGGCCUCCUAAUGGUCC